AUGCCGCUCAAAGCACCGAAUUGUUUUAUAUCCGUUGUAAUAAAGCCUUUCAAUUUAGUCAAACCUGGAGAUUCUUUAAUGAGCAUUGCGGCUCGGGUUGGUAACGUAACUCCUGCACAGUUGGCACGCUUUAAUCGACUUGGGAUGUUUGGCACUAGUCAUCCUCCACUUUUUCCUGGUCAACGACUGUAUAUCCCGAACAAGGACGAAAUUUCUGCGCAGAAUGUUCGCCUGCGCCAUCUACCAGGCGCGGCGACACGGGUCCACUACCUGUCCGCCGACAUCUCGAAUCGUGGUGGUGGUAUCGGGGACACCUCACAACGGAGCUGUGACAUCUGCCCCACCUCUGCCACACAGGAUAGUGUGAUGGAGCGCCUCUUCGUCAAGGUCAAGGCCAAACGCGUGCUCCUACCCUCAAAGAGCGAAAUAGGCGGUGUGCUGAUUCUCACUCCGGAUGCUGUCUGCUUUGACGCGGUGGCCACGGCAUCGGCGCUGAAUCGAGCGACGGCUGCCAAGAGACACACCCUCCAGCACCUCUCCUCCGUCACUUCUGACGACGGUGGUGGCGAUGGUGAAAUCGGUUCUUCCUUGGCCCACUCGCCUCCUCCUGAGCCCGUGUUGGAGGCGGCAGAACCCGUCCACGACGUUCUCGCCCUCUCUGUCUGCAUCCCCAUCGCGGCUGUUGUUUCGCUUAACACUCAUGGUGACAUGAGAAAUCUCCUCUCUGGUUGUCGUUCGAAGACUUCAAACAAGACCUCGUUUCCGAAAGAUCUUCCAAUUUCUACCGAAAUCGAGAUCGAUUUACCGGACGAGCUAUCAGAAAAGCCUAAAGCUCCGUCCUUUAGCAGCGAAAAGGUGCAGAGCGUCCACCAGUCAACACCGACAGAGGAGUGCGAGCGAGUACCUCUGCCUGAGGAGGUCUUCAUCUCCAUCGGUAUCGACACUGGGCGCAUCUCCUCCGCGGACUCCGCCACCCUCUGCGAGGCCGCCGCCUCUAGUCUCCACGUCUUUAAAAUUCCACUUGACAGACUUGCAGACAUCCACGACAUCCUGGUGUCUGCCACCAACUCAGCUGCCAGUCAGCUCGCUUCCUCCGACCUGAAUCGUAGUCGGAAUUCCCUCCCCAACCUCCCAUCCGUAACUACGCAAGGCUCAGAGUAUAUUGGAAGAAUACGAAGAAGGUUGAGGCAGUAUACCCUCUCCUCCCGGAGCAAAAAUCUCAACCAGAAACUACCUUCAGUUAGCAUGAUAGAGUCGGCUCUUGAGGAGAUGGAGAAAAACACCGUGGAACUCAACCUAAUGGGAGGAAAAAGCUGCAUUCUGACUGAAGUGAUGCUCAAGGACCUCGCGAAGGGUCUGCCGCCUAACCGAAUAGGCAGUGCGAUGCGACCUAUCUUUUCAACAGCAAAAGACGGUUUCAGUCUAAACACGCUCUACCGGAAGACAAAGUGCGUGCAGGAUGUCAACCUCCUUCUCAUUCUCGACCAACAGGGUGUUGCGUUCGGCGCGCUCCUCUCGGAAAAAAUGCACUGCAGCCAACGCUUCUAUGGCACUGGCGAGAGCUGUGUGUUCCAUUGGAAGGACGGCUUUAAGGUGGGUCAAAUUAUAGCAGUGAGCACUGACGAACCGCCAUAUCGGCCGAUCUUGGCCGGUGUGAAAUGGGAAAACAGCACUCCAGUCUGUUUAAAUAAUUGUGAUUCCACCGGAGUUCAGCGAGUCUUCAAGCGCAUCUUCUACGUGGGGAGAGCGUAUUUCAUGCUAGUCUCAGAAAUGGUUGGCCAUAGCGCGAUUUGGUUUGACGGAGACCUGAAAUAUGGUCGCAGUGAGGCCACAGACACCUUUGACAAUCCUGUUCUUUGCUCCAUACCAAGCGACAGCAAUCGAAGGGCAACAGGCGAGACCAAUCAAGUCAGUGCAGUCUCCUCCAACUCUUCUUCAGUUUCCCUUCACGACACCUGCGGACCUUCCAGUGUAGCCUUUGUUAUCAGCGCCCUCGAGGUCUGGGAGAUGAUUACGUGA